AUGGAGAGCUUCAUGGAGUCGCUAAACCGGCUAAAGGACGUCCAUGAGAAUGAGAUCACGGGCCUGCAGAACAAGCUUCUGGAACUGAACUCAGAGAGGUGCCGGGACGCCCAGAGGGCGGAGGAGCUCUGUGCCAAGAACCGUCAGCUCAGGGAGCAGCAGAGGGCGCUGAAGGAGAACCUGCGGGCGCUGGAGAACAGGCUGCGGGCCGGCCUGUGCGACCGCUGCAUGGUCACCCAGGAGCUGGCCAGGAAGAAGCAGCAGGAGUUCGAGAGCUCCCUGCUCCAGAGCCUGCAGCAUGUCUUCCUACUCACGACCGAGCUGACCCGGCUGCAGGAGGAAAACGAUGCCUUGAAGGAGGAGGUGAAGCAGCUGCGGGGCCCAGGGUGAGUGGGGGGAGACAGGGCCAAGCCCCAGUUCAGGGAGGGUGCCCCAGGACCCCUGUCACCCCUGCUGUUCCCCUCCCUGGGCACCCGGAAGGCCGUCACUGAGAAGCCACUGGAAGGCCAUGAGGAGGUGGAGGACGGCCACGCAGGUGCGGGUCCGCGGGGCACAGAAAGGCCGGUGGGGUACGGGACGUCUCCAGUAGCCAAAAUCUCCCCGGGUGCCAACCUGCCUGAGCCCCGGGCCCCGGACAUGAGCCCCCAGCACAUCUCCAACCAGCUACACGGGACCAUCGCCGUGAUGCGGCCAGGGUCCCGGGCCUGCUCUGCCAACCGGGGCUCCGUCAACGGGACGUCCCCACUGCCGCCCCCCAGGAGCAGCCCCCCAAGCCCGUCUGGAGAGCACAGCCUCCCUCUGGACAGCUUCCUGCAGGCCUCUCUGCCCUCUGCCAAGCCCUGCGAGUCCCCGAAGAGCUCCGUCCAGGCUGACCGCCUCUGCCACCUGAACCGCCACCUGGCCCUGCCCCGUGGGAGCCCUCACAGCGGCCCCCAGGCCCCCGCCACAGCCCCCAGCGGCCCCCAGCCCCCGGGCCUCAAGGCCGGGGAGGCGGAGGCCUGGCAGGAGCCCGUGGGUCUGCUGGGCCUGCCAGGCGCCCUGGUGGGCGUGCGGGACCCGCGGCUGGAGGGAGCGCUGCACCUGCUCCUGGCCCAGCAGCUGUGGGCGCGGGGGCGGGCGGGCGGUGCCGGGCUGAGGGGCCCACCGGAGCCGGGGAAGGCGCCACCCUCCCCGCCAGCCGGCCCCCACUCCAAGGGUCACGGGGGCGGGGCGGCCUGGGCAGCCCUGCCCAGAGGGCAGCACCCACGGCCCGCAGGCCCAGGCAGUCCCGGGGCAAAGGAGGCCUCGGCCACACAGGACUAUGUCCCAGACAAGCCCCUGGACCUCUCGGAGUGGGGCCGGGGCCGAGACGGCGCCCCCAAGCCUGCCAGCCAGCCAGGAUCACUCAGCCCCCCAGGUGCCCACACGCCCAGCCCCAAGCCACCCCAGGGAGUGGAGCCCUCUGCACAGUCUGGGGUCCAGGGGCUCGGCGACUGCACCAAGGGGGCCGAAGAGGCAGAGGCAGAAGAGCCUCCACCUUCCACGGCCCCAGCCUGCCCUCUCCAAGUGGGCCAGGACAUGAGGACAGAGGGAGGCCAAAACUGCCCCCUUGCCCGCAAAGGCCUGAUGGAGACGGCCACCCGGGUGAGGGUGAGUACUGGCGUCACGAGAACGCAGGAAGUGGUCCCACAGGGGGCGGGAGAGCUCAGCAAAGCCCAAGGACAGCAGCUGGAGUCGGAUGAGCUAGACAAGCCAGACACCUCGGACAGCGAGGUGGGCCUGAGCACCGAGGCGGGGGCCACGCAGAGCUUGCCAGCCGAGGGACCCAGGGGUUUCUGCGCCACGGAGCAUGGGCGGGGCCCACAGAAGAGGAAGCGGGCCUCAGACCAGUGGAGCAAAGUCCCACCGGGAUGGGGUGGGCACUCCUGGACCCUCUUGUGCACCUUCCAAAAGGAGCAGCAGCAGAGGGUGCUGCUCCACGUGGCAGCUCAGGCCAGGCCUCCGGGCGCCCACGAGAGCCUUAGAACGCCUGAGCUAGCUGAUACUGCAUGCUGCCUGGUGUUUGUCCAAGCAGGCCUGCGUCGCAGGCUGGGCUGUGGCCGCCACAAUGCGCCAUUGUUGCCGGGAAGCCUCGAAGAAGCCAUCCUGAGGAAUAAGGAACCUAGGGGAGCCAGGAGCCCGAGGGACCCCAAGGACGGCAGCCCCUCACCCAGCACCAGCAGCUGGGAAGAGAGCCAGGGGCACCCCAGCCUGCCCAGCCGUGCUCCCCACCCGACUGCCAGCGGCCAGGACAGCCCAUGCCGCCAGCCAGCAGACGGCCCCAGCAGCAGCGUAGCGGACUGGGUCCUGGCCCACAUCCAAAGGGGAGGCGCUCUGCAGGCCAGGGCUGUGUCUGCCCCGUCCCCCAACACCUGCACGGAGGAGAGAAAUGCGUGUGCCGUGUAUGGUUCCACGGAGGAGCAUUCACAGCUGCGUGGGCAAACCACACGGCAAGUGCCGGUCUCCAACCGCCGGGAAGCCCCAGCGCUGGUGACAGCCCCGGGCUGA